GCACUUGAUCGUUGCAAUUAAGUCUGAUUAGAUCACGAGAGGGCGUUGACCAUCAAGUCGCGGCUUCUUCUCGCAGCAUACAUCCCAACCAUCACUUCCACGUACGCAUCUGCUGUCUGCUCGCCUUUCAAUCUUUCAGCCACACAAAGGUGCUUGACGCAUAGCGGGCACCCACCGCACAGCACCCGUGCUGCGACGCCGUCCCCGCUUCUGCUCCCCCUCUCUGCAUUCGCCUGCAUCGCAUCCCGCUCGCCCUCGUUGCCCUCGGUGCCUCGGUGUGCAGCUCGGUGCCACAAAAGCAGCUUGUGCCGCGCCAAAGACUCGAUCCUGUGCGCUCGAUCAAACGUUUGGGGACACGGUAUAGUGAAGUCGCUGGAAUCAAGUCUACGCUUCACGACGAUCAACAUACGCGGUCAUGAGCCACCGUUUCGAUAACGUGCCGGCCAGAGAUAGCGACAGCUUCUCUUCUGGCUCUGAAUCGGGUGCUGCUCGCAGACACGACGCUGCGACAGCCUCUCCACCAUACGCUCAUCACGGCGGCGCAACGUCUUUUGGUGCCUCGUCAUCCUUUGCAGCCAUGCCUCCCAACUAUGCUUCCCGGACCGACCUCGGCACGGUCCAGGCAGGUCAAGGCUCUGUUUAUCCUCAGGAUAAGGGCAAAGCUCCUUCGCCUCCCUCUUCCGCCGAUGACGCCGCCGCUGCUGCUGCUGGUGGUGGUGGUGGUCAAGGCACCACGAUUAGAGCUCCUCGUAUCGCAGUGACGGAUCCACUGGGCGAUAUGCGAAGCCGCAACCUCAGCAAGCCCGAAGGCCUUGGCGCUCGCUCCGACUAUCCACCCAACCUCAACCUCAAGUUAAAGACGGACAAGGAAGGUCACUUCAUGGGCGCGGGCGCUGGACGCGGUGCCACUGGUACAGACUCCACGGGUCCUCCUCGACCAGGUUUCGCGCGCCAAGAGAGCUUCGCUUCCAUCGCGUCGGACGACGGUUACUACGACGACUUCGAUUGGAGCGAUGAUGAAGGAGUGGCAGAGGAGGCCAAGUACGAAGAAGAACAGCGACAGCUGGAAGCAUUCAAGAAGCGUAGAGGCCGCUUUGCGCCUUCAAAGAUUAUUCGAUGGCUCGCCACUACGUUUUUGGGAAAUCUCAUCAUCUCUGGCGUCCUUCUCGUCCCCUUCAUCGUCGUGCAGCUCGUCUACAGGCCCAAAGCUGCUGGCGCAUCGCAAGCGCAGAUCGAUCGCAAUGACUACAUUGCAGACUGCGUGCAGACAUUCACGCUCUGGGCCGCCGUAGGGCUGCACCUCAGCUGGUGGCUACACGCUCUCGUUGAGAUCGUCCCUGCCGUAGCUCUGGGCCUCAUCCGUGCAGUGUGGGGCAACAUCAGCCAGCGGGUGCUCAGCGCCGCAGAAUUUUACAACGUCAUCAAGCAGUACAUCAAAUUUGUCUUUUACGCGGCUCUGAGCUGGGGCGCGCUCGCCCUGCUCUCCUCCGACAUCUACGACAUCUACUCUCAGAUCAACCCCAAGACGGAAUCCAGAGCACCUUGGAUGUACCGUGUGUACCAGGUGGUGCAGUUCAUCUUCUUUUUGACGCUCAUCAUCUGCGCCGAACAAGUCCUGAUAAAACUAAUCGCCAUGAGCUUCCAUCGAAGUGCUUAUGCGGAACGCAUCAGUGAGGUGACGAAGGCUCUCAAGACCUUUGACCAUCUCCGUGAUCAUCGGCCUCAAGUUCAUGCCGCGCACGCACACCAUAAGGCAAACAGCACUUUCGGUGUCAACAGCGGCGCUCGCACCCCUGGACGUUCCCCGAUGGCAACAUUCCCUGACGGAUAUGAUGGAGAGGACGAGAGGGGCGCUACUGGCAGCGGAACGACCACGCCCAAGAAGUCUAGCUUCUUUUCUCGAGGCAAGAAGCACUCCAACAAGCGGCCGGCGUACAGCACGCCUGCCGACCAAGCUGGUGCUUUGCCGCCUCACGCUACCUCAGCCAAUUCCGCGCCUGCUACUCCCGCCACGCCCAAGUCUGGCAAUGUGGCCAGCCGCAUGGCAUCUGCAGGCGCACGCACUGUCAAAGCCAAGGCGGUUUCGGCAUCCACCUUGGCACGCAUCGCCAUGAACGACCCCUUCAACCUGCUCACGCAACAGAACCUCGGAGUCAGCGUCGACGUCAACUCGCCCGUCGAGGCGAAGCGCCUGGCUCGCAGCAUCUUCACUGCUUAUCGCGGACACCACAAGCGCGCCUACUUGGUCCCAUCCGACUUCGACGUCGCGUAUGACACUCAAAGCGACUCCAGAGCCGCUUUUGCCGUCUUUGACCGGGAUGGUAAUGGCGACAUUUCUGCAUCAGAAAUCAAGACGACCAUCUUGUCCACCUACAAGGAACGUCGGUUCCUGAGCAAGUCGAUGCAAGACGUUCACCACGCUGUCAACCAGCUCGACCGCCUUUUGCUCGGCGUGGCCUUUGUCAUCGUUCUUUUCGUCGCCUUUGCAGUCUUCAACCUCAACAUUGGCAAGUCCCUUUCCACUUUCUACUCAUUGGCCAUCGCCUUUGCAUUCAUCUUCAAAGAAACUUUUGGCAACGUGUUCGACUCGAUCGUCUUCCUCUUCGUCACCCAUCCCUUCGACACUGGAGAUCGUAUCUGCCUCGACACUGACGUCAUGGCGGUCAAGAAGAUGAGCUUGCUUUCGAGCGAAUUCACUCUUUGGAACAACACCAAUUUGUACAUUGCCAAUGAGCUCCUGUCCACCAUGCUCAUCGUCAACUAUCGUCGAUCGGGCUACCAGUGGGAGUGCGCGACGAUGCAAGUCGCUUUCGAUACGCCCCUCGAGACGCUGGAUGCGGUUCAAGCCGACGUCAUUCACUGGAUGCAGACCGAGCCAGAGAGAAUGUUCGAGCCGUCGACGGCCAUCGUGCCCCAGACCAUCGACUACAUGCGCUCCAUCGAAGUGACGAUCGGAAUGACGUUGCGCGACAAUUGGCAAGACUGGGGAGGACGUUGGAGAAAGAGGAACGCGUUCUUUGCUGCGCUCACUUUCUACAUGAAGAAGCACGGUGUGCGCUUCGUCAACUCCAACCAGCCCGUCAUCUAUUGGACCGAAGAUGCUGCGCAGCUUCCUCCGGACUACUCCGAUUCUCAAGGAGCUGCGAGAGAGAGUGGGGCGAGGGGCGAGCAGGAAGGAGGCGAAGAGCGAAGAGGCUCAGCUUCGGACCCUUGGACGAUGCCAAACGACGAUUUCCGUCCUUCGCCACCGAGCAGCCCCAAGAGCGCAGCUGUGGGCCUGCCGGGUUCUCAGCCCGCUUCGGGAAGCGCUACGCCUCGUCCACCCGCUCCCAAGUUCAAGAGCUUCAUGGGCUUCACCCCUCCGCCCGACGAGGUGGACGGCAGCGGUUUGAGAAUGCGCAAACAGCGCACCGCGAAAGCCUUUGCUUUCCAAGGUGGAGAUGGUGGUGGCGGCGCUUGAGCGGCACACUCUUGCCCCAUCGAGGUGCUCUGCUCCAUGCUCUGGCAUGUUGCGCCUCUCUCGCGACUUUGCACGCUCGAAAUCCGCCUCGCCUCCUGCCUCCUACCUCUAUAAAUCUGCCAAGAUUUCCCUUCAAUCAUCUUGACCUCGCUGCGCACUCCGCCACAAUGUAGCUCCCUCACUUUAACGUCUCACAAUAUCAUCUUCUCGCUCUCCCCCUACACUCAUCCCACUACGUUCCUGGCACCCCCCUUGUUCUUUCCCUCCUUUCCCACUCAUGAACCACCUUUCCUUGCGCCCUGUCGGGCACGGGCCCUUUCUAGCGCGGGCGCGCUCCCCGAUGAACAGAUAGAAAUAAAGAAAUCGUCUAUUGGAGC